UGAUACAAUGCACCGACAGGCUCGCCAGGGAAUGAUGUUAAAAAGAGACUUUGGCAUCACUGCUUCUACGAUUGACCUGUGCUGUGAAAGUGACAAGCUUGAAGUCGUGAAACAAAGCUUCCAGAAAAUUUUGUCAACUGAAUCCACACAAAGUGCGGGCGCAUGUAGGAACAUCUGCAAAAAGGUUCUUUACCUUGCUGGUAUCUUGAAGCUUGAUACGCAGUCUGCCAUAGAAGUCAUGCUCAGUUUGGUGCUUGAGCUUAAACGAGAAGACAUGGUGGAUUCAUUGUGCACUUGCCUGUUGGAGCUCCAUGAUAUUCGAGGAUCUAUCCUCACCAUUUUGCCUAUGAUAUUUUCUCAGUGUGAAGACGUGUUGCACAUUGCAUCAACGGUGCAUAAUAUUGCUUCCCGAGUAGUGGUGGAAUCCGGAGUUAGCGAUGUGAACAAGUGUACUAAUGUUGCUCUUUGGGCGGACAUUCUGGUGCAAGCUUCAGUUCCAUUUGGCAACGCCGGCAAUCGCUCAAGUGUUUCUGCAUGCACGUGCUUGACAAAAGGACAGACUCUUCUGCACAGCAGGCACGUGUAUGCCCUAGAUAAAAAGCAAGUGCUGACACACUUAGCUGCUCUGGGAAAGUCUGUAUGGAGUUUUCUAGACAAAAAGCAAUUAGAACUUCUUGAAGCAGUGAAGCUUCAUUUGCAAGAAACAUGCCAGUACCUUAGCGGGAGGUCUCAAGAUGAGCUUUGCCUGUCUUUAGUUGCAACAGUUUUUCACAUGUUUCUUGAUAUACCAGGACCAAAUGCUAUUGAGAAAGCACUUCAAGAGGUGGUUGAACGCCAGAUCAGCAAAAAUACUAUUUCAAUCAUUGCCCGAGCUUCAGCUAGAAAGCAUGCCGACAUGCCUUUCUUGAAGGGCCUGCUGUGCAACUUGCAGCCAGGAAAGGCCCUUACAACACUAAAGAAGCUUAUCUCUCAGUGCAACAACAACUUUAGGUUGUUGAAAACUCUUGCCACUCUUGGUUUAGAAGUCUGCAGUGACUCAACCCAGAAGUCGGCAUUUCGCUGUCUCGUGAAAAGUGCCUACUGGUGUGAGAAGUUGGCGAAAUUGGACCUUUCCAUUGCUGAUGCAUUGACAAAACAGAACACUGCUGUCUUACAGUCUGCUCUUGAGCAAAUGGAGAAGUCUCCGUUCAUUGAUGUUGAUGGUCUUGCAAACUACUGCAGUUCCUUUAAAUUGGACAAAGAGGCAUCACUUUCUCGAAGGCUUGAGUUUUUGUUGUGCGCUCAAGAAGGAGAUCCUUGUGCUAAGGGCUGGAACCUGCAACAAAGAAUAGCAGAGGCUUCUCGUGUGCUUGAGAAAAUUCCCAAAGUAUUGUUGCAAAAGGUGCUCAUGAAAGCUCUAGCCAAAGUAAACCCAUAUAACUAUGAAAUUUUGCGAUUUGGCUACGACUACAUUAGAGCCAUUGAAGAAGGACCGGAGAGCAAAGUUGAAAGGGAAAUUGGCAUACUGCACUUUCUUGAAUCGUACAAAAGGUACAGCCCUCCUUCAGAACAAGAAAUGGACUUGUGGUUUGAAGAAUAUCCGCUGGCUGAUAUCUCGUCUCUCAUGCAGUCAAGAUUACCAUUUCGUCAUUUGCUUAAGCCAUCGUUGUGGCAUUUUGUCACCAAUGAGCUGUACCCUGAAACUGUGGAUGCCUGGCUGAAUGUUGCAGACACACUCGGGCUAGAUAAAGAUGACAUUCGAUUCAUUGCUGUGGACAAUGCCACCCGCACGUGGAGUGCGCACCAUCACCAGGGAAACGUGUUGGACGUGACAUUUCUCUCAAGCGUCAAGAAAUUGAUAGAAGAAAUGAGCAUAAAGGAAAAAGCUGUUGCAUGCCUGAUCAAGCUUCUAGAGAACUUACCAAAAGGCCCGACAGCCACCAGAGUUGCUAAAGAAUGCGCGACAUUGCCUGAUGCAUUUUUUGAACCUGGUGAGGCAAAAUCUAAGGUGGCCGAUGCAAAGGCGAAAUUUCGAAGAAAGUACAUAAGGCUACGAAAUGAACAACUGCUCAAGCAGCACAGUUUAAACUCUGCUUCGUACUUGGCGCUCUGUGGCAAAACAGCAGACCUUGUAGCUGCAUUGCUGGAGGACACAAGGUGGCAGCUUGUUUUUUCUGAUACGUCAGCACUCUACAGCUGCGUAGAUCAAAUCGCUUUCAAUGACGGUGUGGUCCAGGUAGAUUUUCCCAGUAUACUUGAGCAGUCUGUAAAACGUUGGCUAGGGUUUCAGGCUACUGAAAACACUGGCGAUGAAAGUACAUUGGAACCCUUGUUUUGAGAUGAGUCAUGUGGGCAUCACAAAAAGAUGUGCAAAUUUCGUCACCAUCGUUCACCUCAUGCAACACGUUCCAGAACAAAUGAAAGAAGUGCU